CAAGGAAAGAAUUAAAAGUAGUUGUGAGAAGCGAGAUUAGAGGGCUGAUAAUGGAAUUAAGAUUGGAAAUGAAAUUAGAUAGGAUAUUGGAAAUAUUGGUGAAAGGAAGUUUUUCUUCGUUUUUCGUUGAUUUAGCAUAUGAUUUGUUUUUGGGCGGAGGGUGUUCGUACCAAAGUCACGGGGGCAGCGACAAGAACGGUGCUGGUGGCGGCGGGCGUGACGUCAAUGCCGUGAAACCRGACGCAAACCAAUACUCUGGGCCGCAAUUCGACCCGGAAACACCCAGGAACGUGACGGCGCUGGAGGGAAAAUCUGCGUAUUUGACAUGCAAAGUCAAGAAUUUGGAUAACAAAACGGUAUCAUGGAUAAGACACAGAGACAUACACAUACUUACAGUGGGCGCAUACACAUACACCAGUGACCAGCGGUUCCAGGCCAUUCACCACAGGUCGCACUCGGACCAAUGGACGUUGCACAUCAAAUGGGCACAAAAAAGAGAUGCGGGAAUUUACGAGUGCCAGGUGAGCACGCAACCAGUGAGGAGCAUAUUCGUCACACUGAACGUCGUCGACGAUAAACCGCCRCCCUCGGACAGCGACGAUAGUUUACUAGACAUGAUGAUAAGAGACGGAGACUUUACAAAAGUGCCAUCUGCUUCAAUUUCCGGUGGUCCGGACAUUCACGUGAACGAAGGAAGCACCAUUAAUCUGACGUGCAYCGUAAAGUUCAGUCCAGAGCCGCCGUCUUACAUCUUCUGGUACCAUUACGACGAAGUGAUCAGCUACGAUUCGGUUCGUGGUGGUGUGAGCGUGGUCACAGAAAAAGGAGACGUGACGGUCAGUUACCUACUCAUACAAGAUGCAGUGCAAGCGGAUUCUGGCAAGUACACGUGCAACCCGUCGAACGCGGACUUAUCCAGCGUAGUCGUUCACGUCCUAAACGGCGAGAGUCCUGCRGCCAUGCAGACCGGAUCAGCCGGCUUAUCUAACAGUUCCAUCACGAUACUUUGCGUGAUGAUCUUAAGCUGGACGUUUACCAGGACCGACGAUCAGCUGAGAUAAUAGACGCGCGCCCGCCACCGGUUUCCGCUUCUUUUCAGCUACCAUUAUACUUUGAUAAUAUAAACUGUAUCAUCGUUAUAUAACAUUUACAUUUAAUUACACGCCAUAAUGAUAAGAAACUUUUAAAAAAAUUUCUAAAAAUAUAUAAAAAAAAAAAAAAGGAAACAACGCGAGAACGCGAGAACGCGAGAACGAGAAAAAAUCAUCGGAAGUGAUGUAUAUUCUCUCAUUUCGAGUAACCAAGCAAAUACCGCGGUCCGAUAUUGAAUCACAUAUGCGUCAUAAUAACAUCGGAUUUAUUCCGCUAUGAUAUAAUUUUAAUAAUAUUCAAUUUUAUGACUUUAGCGAUAGACCGCCAUGUGUCGGAAAAACGGGCUCGUGUUAUUUCCCUUCUUUUUAUUCCAGAAAAGAGUGUGUAAAUAAUAAAUAUUAUGACUAUAAUAAUUAUUAUUAUAUACGUUGUACAGAAUUCUGAAUUUUUCUAUGUACCCACACUCCGUCGUCGCCAAUCGCACGUUCAGUKUGUGGAUAUAAUAAUAAUAAUAUUAUUCUACAAUAUACYUAUUCAUAUUAUAUUAUUAUUGUUAUUGUUAAACGAUAGAUGUUGCUUACACGAGUGGCAAGCUGGGGUUUGUUUCCGCGAAAACGACAUCGUUGUCAAACUUAACAGUGAAAAACUCGUGUUUUUGUUUUGUUUAUUUUUACGAAUUGUUACUCUGUACAUAAUAUAUAAUAUAUAUAUAUAAUCUCCAAGUUCUCGUAAAAUAAUUUGCACAUCCCCGUUUACGUCGCGUACUCCUUGUGUUAUCGCGUCCCCGUUAAUAGAUUAGUAGUAAUUAUAUAAUAUCCGGUCGUUUUGCAUAAAAAAAAAUAUUUAUUUUUAUUUCUUUGUACGUGUUGUAUUGCCGRAUAAACAUGUCCGGGCGGAAACAUUAUCUCAUAUCCAUACCACAAAAACGAACGAAAAUCGAAAAGAGAUAAUCGCACCCGUUUCAGUUUACCCAUACAGGUACAUGGUAUAUUAUAUGAAGCUUCACAGCAAGUAAUGUUGUUAUAAAAAUUGUGAGCGAUUGACGAUUCCUGUAAACAAGGGGUGUCUUUCGGAUGAGGGGACGGGGCAGACUUCCGUAUUCGUGUUUGAAAUGCUAUACGAUAUCAUACAAACCUAGUAUUCCCGCGAAGUCUAUAACCUAUCCGGGGUAYGAUCGCCUGAAAACUUUGAUGUCCCAUAACUGGCAAUUUUUAAAUCAUAUCAUAUAACAAUAUUUUAAGCUGAAUAAAUAAUUUUAGAACAUUCGAUUAACGAUGUUGAAAAAGUUAAACGCACAUCAUAUACAACAGAUGUAGGUGAAAGAAACCUUGAACUAGAGAGAGGGUUGAGAGAGAAAGAGAGAAAGAGAGAGAGAGAGAGAGAGAGAGAGAUUAAGAUAAAAGAA